GGCUCGGCCUCAUGGCAACCAGGGGCUCCGAGCACGUGUCGAAGAGGUCAUAGCCCAGCUGCAGCCCAGGCAGUAGGGCCCGCCCACUGUUGAUCUCCUCCACGGCCAUCUUCACGGCCAGCGCCCACAGCAGCCCGAGGGAUGAGAACCUGGGGUGCACGGGGCUGCAGGGGUGGCCACCGCGCACCGACUGGGGGCACCCUCGGCCCUCCAGGCUGCUCACCCCUCACCCUCGCCCCUGACCAUGGACACCUGCCGCUCCGCUCCUCACCUGUCGCACACGGGGCCUGAGGGUUGCGUCUGGUUGCCAAGGGGCCGGCCAGGACGUGGGUCGCAGCUGCAUCCUUUUGUCCAUCGCGGGCAAGAACGUCAUGCUGGACUGCGGAAUGCACAUGGGCUUCAACGAUGACCGGCGCUUCCCCGACUUUUCGUACAUCACCCAGAAUGGCAGGCUGACUGACUUCCUCGACUGUGUGAUCAUCAGCCACUUCCACCUGGACCACUGCGGGGCACUCCCCUACCUCAGCGAGAUGGUGGGCUACGACGGGCCCAUCUACAUGACGCAUCCCACCCAGGCCAUCUGCCCCAUCCUGCUGGAGGACUACCGCAAGCUCGCCGUGGACAAGAAGGGCGAGGCCAACUUCUUCACCUCCCAGAUGGUCAAGGACUGCAUGAAGAAGGUGGUGGCUGUGCACCUCCACCAGACGGUCCAGGUGGAUGACGAGCUGGAAAUCAAGGCCUACUACGCGGGCCACGUGCUGGGGGCAGCCAUGUUCCAGAUCAAAGUGGGCUCUGAGUCUGUGGUGUAUACGGGCGAUUACAACAUGACUCCGGACCGGCACCUGGGAGCUGCCUGGAUCGACAAGUGCCGUCCCAACCUGCUCAUCACGGAGUCCACGUAUGCCACAACCAUCCGUGACUCCAAGCGCUGCCGCGAGAGGGACUUCCUGAAGAAGGUCCACGAGGCCGUGGAGCGCGGCGGGAAGGUGCUCAUCCCCGUGUUUGCGCUCGGCCGCGCCCAAGAGCUUUGCAUCCUGCUGGAGACCUUCUGGGAGCGGAUGGACCUGAAGGCCCCCAUCUACUUCUCCACGGGCCUGACCGAGAAGGCAAAUCACUAUUAUAAGCUCUUCAUCACCUGGACCAACCAGAAGAUCCGGAAAACUUUUGUCCAGAGGAACAUGUUUGAGUUCAAGCACAUCAAGGCUUUUGACCGAGCGUUUGCCGACAACCCCGGGCCCAUGGUGGUGUUUGCUACACCGGGGAUGCUGCAUGCCGGCCAGUCCCUGCAGAUUUUCCGGAAGUGGGCUGGGAAUGAGAAGAACAUGGUCAUCAUGCCGGGCUACUGCGUGCAGGGCACCGUGGGCCACAAGAUCCUGAGUGGGCAGCGCAAGUUGGAGAUGGAGGGGCGGCAGGUGCUGGAGGUGAAGAUGCAGGUGGAGUACAUGUCCUUCAGCGCCCAUGCCGACGCCAAGGGCAUCAUGCAGCUGGCCCGGCAGGCCGAGCCCGAGAACGUGCUGCUGGUGCACGGCGAGGCCAAGAAGAUGGAGUUUCUCAAGCAGAAGAUCGAGCAGGAAUUCCGGGUGAGCUGCUUCAUGCCAGCCAACGGUGAGACAGUGACGGUGCCCACGAGCCCCAGCAUCCCUGUGGGCAUCUCGCUGGGGCUGCUGAAGCGGGAGAUGGCACAGGGGCUACUCCCAGACGCCAAGAAGCCACGGCUGCUGCAGGGCACUCUGGUCAUGAAGGACAGUACCUUCCGGCUGGUGUCCUCCGAGCAGGCCCUCAAGGAGCUGGGUCUGGCUGAGCACCAGCUGCGCUUCACCUGCCGUGUGCACCUGCACGACGCCCGCAAGGAGCAGGAGACAGUGCUGCGGGUGUACAGCCACCUGAAGAGCGUCCUGAAGGACCGCUGUGUGCAGCACCUUCCCGACGGCUCGGUGACUGUGGAAUCCAUCCUGGUGCAGACCACCACCCACUCAGAGGACCCCAGCACUAAGGUGCUGCUGGUUUCCUGGACCUACCAGGAUGAAGAGCUGGGGAGCUACCUCACGUCGCUGCUCAAGAAAGGGCUCCCCCAGGCCCCCAGCUGAGGCCCACCUGCCAUCUGCCCUGCCACCCGGCCAGAGGGCUCAGGCCUGCUGGGGUCCUCGUGGUGUCCACAGGGCUGAAAGCCCCUUAGUGGACUAUAGCUUCCAGCCCUGGCCCAGGCCCCCAGUGCUCCCGUCUGAGCAGCCACUUUGUGCAGGAGAAAUAAACGGAGUCUCCAGUG